AUGAUGCUGCAGCCUCUGUGCUUCACCCUAGAGAUGGCCCGGCUACAAUACCUGACCCCGCCCCAGAGACGAGACGAGUGGAGUUCAAGUCAGCAAGGCGGAAACAGUUCAUUUGAAGGAAGUGAGUGUCAGCAGCUCUUGGUCAUAAAACUGGUUUUGGUCGCAGUCCCAGAGUUCUGUGGUCAGGGAGAGGACAGAGAAUCUCUGUGUCACUCGGUGAUGGCACGGGAUCUGGCUGUGACCCCUGACCCCGCGACCCUCACUCCUGACCCCUGGACCCGUUCCCACGCCACGCCUUUUUGUGUCCACCUCACCAUGGCAACACCUUGGUCACUGCUGCUGCCACGGAGCCUGUGGAAAGGGUUGAAGAAGGAGAGGGAGAAGGAUGCAGGAUCAGAAGAGGCAAAAGCAGAGAGAGUGAAAGAUGGAGAAGUAGGACAAGUGCGGUCAGACGUCGACAGCGAUGCAGCUAAAAUUCGACCCAGAACGGAGGGAGGAUGGAAUAGAAGAGAGGAUGUCGGUCGCACAUGUCUUUCUUUUUUUUCAUCCACAAUCGCUGACCUGAAGGCCACGGACAAACACUGCUUUGAACCUUUUUUCUCAGCAAGUGGACAAACUGAUAUUUUGGAUCCUCUCCCAGCGCUUGGUGGCUUGAAACUUAAAUCACUAAAUCAGCUCUGCACCAACUGCCACACAACCAGGCGAUGCACCUGCCUCUUUAAGAAUGAGUUGUGGAUGGACAUCACGCCCCUGACCUCCGAACAUCAGCGAGGGACAGACCGCCAUGGAUGGGAUCAAACUCAGCGGCUCUGAGGAUGGAAAAGUGAGGCGCAGAAAGACAAACAGAGAGAGGGAGAGUGCUAUUGAACGAGGCAGAGAGUGUGAGUUUAUGUAAAUCUAAAGCCUUCAAGAAACUCAUCUUACAUUUUUGCAAGACAUCCUGAAGGUUUUGUUAAUAAGACUGAUUUUAAGAUUUCAUGCUCUAGAAGCUUUUCAUCAAAGUUUCUUAAACUUAGUUUUAAUAGAAUAUUGCAUUUAUGUUGAGAAAAGCUAACUAUUUUUCCUGGCAACAAGUACAGGAAGUGAAGAGGAAGUCACCUGAUUUGCCUAAAUACAAUCUAACGUAAACAUCACCUUUGCAUCUAUGCUAAGCUCAUAUUUUUUUCAUAAAGGAAAAGUCUUUUGAAUCCAUUAAUGUUUCUCAUUACAAAAGAUGUGAUCCAGCUUGCAUCAGUUGAGAGUGAAAAUUAACUCCAAUUAAUUGAAUAUCUGUUAACUUUAAGUGUUUCUUUCACACAGGUGUCAUGUCUAAUUGUUUCUACACAUCUUGCUCUGCAGAUCAGGAGAGUCCCCAUUUUGGACUCUCAGCUUUUUGCUGCACCUCAGACAAACUCAAAAAGCAAAAAGCUUCACCUCAGCUGAAUGUGUCCUUCUCACACUUCAGCACUGAAAUCUAAAGCAGGUCUUGCUAAAUUUGCACUGGAAAGGGUAAAGUGACAAAAAAGGAGAAUGAAUGGGGAUUGGGAAUCUGUAUGUGUGAGUGUGUGUGGACUCACCCUCUCUCUGUUUGCUGGUGUGAAUUUGCUUCUGUGUGUGUUUUCCUGUGUUUGACAAAGUUCAGGGGGGAGGCAGACCUGGAGAAAGAAAAGGGAAAAUGAGAGCAAGUGAAGGAUUUGAAUGUGGUGCAGAAAGAGUGGGGGGAGAGGCAGAUUUUUGGAGGGAAAAAGAAGAGCAGGAACCUUGAAGUUUGUGUGGCCAGAUUGUGUGCUGCUUCACAGCAAGAGGAGCGUAAAUUGGUGAGAUUUAUAGAUUGAAGCUGCAGGAAGCAACAUUGCAGUCUGGGAAAUAUGUAUAGAGAAAGAGAAAACACGAGAGAGGGACAGAGCGGGAGAGUUAGAGGGCAGAAGGAGAUCAAGAGCGAGGCUGCAUUAAUAUGCUAAUGUCCUGAGUGAAUGCACAACAGGCCCACUGACCAGGCUAAUCACUAGUGGACACACACUGGGGCUAAUCCCUAAAGCAGCACUGACACACACAUGCGUGAGGCACACAUGCACAUAUUUAGAUAGUGACAUCUUCAGCAUUAAUUAGUGUUUGUUUGAAAUGCAAGGAAUUGCCAGGCUUGGGUUCAGUUUUAGAAAUUGCAGGAUAAUUUCUAGAUAAUAUUAAAAGGUGUAACUGAUUGCUUCCAUCAGUCAAAUCUCAAUGUUUUAAGGUUUUCUUUGUUCUAGAUAUGAUUGAAAACAAAAAGUUCAAAGAGGAUCAAUAUAAAAGGAUGCAAAAGGCUAUUUUAGUAAUAUGGAAAUGUAACACACAGAAACAUUUUAGUCUAGCAUAGAUGUAAAAAUGCCAUCUUCUGUUAAAAUCUGGAUAAAUGUGUAUAGCUAAUAUGAUAAUUAUUAAAAUUUCAAAACGCUGUUAAACAUGAAGAUAAAGCUAUUCUUUGUCCUGGAAUUUGGACUUCAGUAGCUUUUAUCUG